AUGUCAUUAACGAUACUCAUUUAUCUCCACACUUUAGGUUUUGGGAUGACAACACCAGCAACCGUGGCUGGAAAAGUAUUCCUCAUCAUUUAUGGCCUUUUUGGGUGUGCUGGGACUAUCCUUUUCUUCAACCUCUUCUUGGAGCGCAUUAUCUCUCUCCUGGCGUUUAUCAUGAAGGCAUGCCAUGAGAGACAGCUGCGAAGAAGUGGUCUCCUACCUCCCAACUUCCGAAGGGGGCCAGCUGUGCCGGGGGUGGGCAACCUCGUGGGGUGGAAGCCAUCUGUUUACCAUGUGAUGCUGAUUCUGGGAAUUUUUGCUAUUACCCUUUCCUGCUGCGCCUCCGCGAUGUACACAGCGGUGGAAGGAUGGAACUACAUUGACUCCUUGUACUAUUGCUUUGUCACCUUCAGCACCAUUGGCUUUGGAGAUUUGGUAAGCAGCCAGAAUGCUGCAUACCAAAACCAGGGAUUAUACAGAUUCGGAAACUUCAUAUUUAUAUUAAUGGGGGUAUGUUGCAUAUACUCUCUUUUUAAUGUCAUCUCAAUUGUAAUCAAGCAAGUUUUGAACUGGGUGUUGAAAAAAUUCGAAUGCAGAUGUUGCCCAAAGUGCCAUAAAUCAAGUACCCGCCUUGGACGUCGCAAUGCCAUCACCCCAGGAGCUCGCCUACGUCGACAUAAUAUCUCAGUGGACGCUGAUGGACAAUAUGACAGCGACACCGAGGGGAGGAGGCUCUCCGGAGAGAUGAUCUCCAUGAGGGAGCUGACGGCAUCAAAUAAAGUCUCCCUGGCCAUUUUGCAAAAGCAGUUGUCUGAGACAGCCAAUGGCUACCCAAGGAACGUUUGUAUCAAUACGAGACAAAACGGUUUCUCUGCAGGGGUGGGUGCUUUAGCCAUCAUGAACAACCGCUUGGCAGAAACAAGUGAUUCUAGGUAGAGUUUUUGAAAUUCCUUUUGUUUCUUUAAUAAAAAUAAAAUGGUGAUUAGGGUGGAAUUAUCACUGUAAACUACCAGAAAGUUUUAAAUUCAGAGACGGCCUUGGUAUUCAUUGGGUGUUCAGCAUUUUAGUUUCUGGGGGUUUUAUAAGUCUUCUCUAAUAUGCAGUAACAUCUUUACCGUAAUGUUAAAUUUUUCCCAAAGAGGUUUUCUGGAAGAGGCUUGGAUGUCUUUGAUGCAGAAUCUGAUGCAAUUAUAGAAGAACGGUGUGCGUGGUUACAAUGGUGUGAAAACCACCAUGUUCUUCAGAACAUAGCCUGAACCCAAACUCUGGGUUAAAAUGCAUAAAAUGCGCAAGUUCAGCUCCAGAUUCAAACUUGGGGUCGAUAAGAUUUGGCUAAAACAAUAUCUCAUCAUUUGUUGAAGUCUGGAUCUGGCCCUGAACUUUGUACCCGAUGGUCUUUGGCAAUUCCUCAUAGCAAGCCUGUAUGUAACAUACAUGUAUGUGACUGCAGUUACACCAGUUUUAGGGUGACUGUAUUUCCUACUGACUUCAGUGGUAGAGGAUCAAAUGGGCUGAAUUCCCCUGACUAUAAAUGUUUUUUAGCCAGUCUUGUCUGAAACACUACCUGCUACCUAAUUCUUAAAAGUCAGGGGAUUAUCAAGAAGCAUGGUAAAAAGUGCAAAACUAUUUCCACCCGCUGAAUUACUGAAAACAGGCAAUUGCCAACUUUGGUACCGACUUCAUUCAGUGCAAGAGAAGCCAGUAUACACACCUCUGGUGCCAAAUGUUUGCAUCACCACUGAAAUGCUUAUUUCAUUACUUUUACAUGAAAAUAAGUAGGUAAAAUGAAUGUAGGCUCUCUGUUGUCUUAAAUUUGCAUAUUUUACUCCUGCAAUAUUGUUUCAGAGAUUCAUGCAAAUUAUUUCUUUGUAGUUCUUUGGGGACCCCAAUCCUGUGCUUGCUUCCCACAAAUCUGAUUGUGAAGGUUAUACAGAAUGUAAUUGCUUUGAAGCUCCCCCAGAAGCUGGCUUCUCCCAAAAUGUUGGUACUAUGUCAUAAAUUGACCUAAGGGUGUUGCUACUGUCUUAAAUCAUAUUUAGCCUGUGCUAGCCCACACCACUGAAGUGUCUUCACCAGAAGUAUCUUCAAGCAAAUGUGGUCGAAGUGUCUAGUUUAGCACGACAAAUGGGUGCAUAGGAAUUCCUGCAAAUCUCUUUCAGAAAUAUGUGCAAAGCUCUGGAUCCUUUCUCUAAAUUAUCUAUACUAUGCCACUCCUUUAAGGCUAUGAAGCUAAUAAAAGGCUUCUGCUGUUUCCAGCAAGGAAUAUCACUUAAUCUUGAAAUCUUGAGAAGCCACAACGAUCAGCUCUUGAAAACAGCUUGAGUAGUUACAGGCAAGAUCAUGAGUCCUAGGUUGAUUGCUGAAUAAAUUGAAAAAGCUGAUGAAAACAAACUAGGAAUAUUAGAAAUAUUUAAAAAUAUCUCCAUGAAGUUUCAUAUAGCUAUGUUACUCUGUUGUUUAUUUACUUCACUUUGUUUUGCAUGGGUUUGGGAUAUCCAACAGUUUGCUUUCCUUUAAAUUUGUAGUAGUGCAACACGUUUUGGAAUUUAACCUCAGAAAACUAACUUCUAAUUUGAAGUUUUGCACACUUGAGCCUGCCAGCUGAAGUACAGCGAUGAUUCUAUCUUUUGCCUGAAGGAGAAGGAACCAGAGCAGCAAGCAGAUAAACAAUCACUUGUGGAUCUUUAUCAUACUAUAAACGCAGUCACAGCUUUUAUCAAGAUGCGCUGGCCAGAAACACUUAAUACUUAUGUUCUGUAUCUACCUGAUACGGACUCAAAGAGUACGUGGUAUGGCAGAGACUGCAUUCAAGAGGCAUUCAUCUGGCAGGAGCUUCCCUGAUGUCAGAGAGACCCCCUGAGGUCCAUGUGUCUGAGUGCCUGUCUGUCUGUACUCUGUCUCGUUUGAGUGGCCCUUUGAAGAAGCAGGCAGAGGUCAGAGUGUUUGGUGAUCCUUGAAGGAUAAAUUUAAGCAGACUCUGUUAGGGGCAGGUUGUGGUCUGGGAAAUACUGGAAGACUGACUGCAAAGACCAAGUUCAGGAAGGCACCUUCCAGAGACGCAGGGCACAUCUUUGGAAACAGCAGAGGCAGGGAGCCAAAAGAAUUAAAAUGUGUUCUUUUCCCUCGGGAUUACCCCCUGGGGUAAAUCUCUUUAACUAUGAUGAUUUAUGUGUUUGUUUAUCAAGAGUGUGAAUCGAGUGCUCAUCUCUUUGCAACUAUAGACCUCUCUUAGGGUUGUAUCUUGGUUGGUACAUCUGCCAUCACAGGGACUAUUAUUCACUAGAACAGACCCCACAGUUUGAAGUGCUGCAUAAAUCGAGGCAGACAGACUCUGUCCCGAAGGAUUUAGGAGUUUGAAUAGAUAGGACCCCAAGCCACAGCAGAAUUACUUAGGUUUGUUAUUUUGCUCAUAAAAACAUGUUCAAAUGCAUUAACAUUCUGUGAGUUCAAGAACUAUAUUUUUAUGACAACAAAUUUGCAAAUUAAGGGGGUUUAUUUUUUCAGUAAGUUGUUUUUAAAGGAUAAAUAUUACAACUAUGAUU